UGUAGGGCUGAUGAAUAAAACGUUUUUCUGUAUUAAAUGUCAGUUGUUUUGCGACUGGUAAAACAUUUAAUAUUUGAAGUGUAACUUUCUUUAGACGUGACAGCUGAUUAUGUGUAAAUGUGUGCACUGGUCCAUUUGUUUCUCCGUGUGCGCUCUGCGCAUGCGCGCCCGUGUUUGCAUUCGCUUGGUGGAACAGCAGCGGGAGGAGUGAGAGAACUCAACGCGAGAGCUGCGCUGAUGCGCGAGCGCAAACCUAUCAUAGAGACAAAGUUUAUGCGCUUCGUUUUCCUCACUACAUUCAUAGAAACAAGAACACAACGAAAUAUCACUGGCGAUAUAUCGAAAUGUUUGAAGUUGUCCUUGAGAAUUGAUUGUGAUAUGGAAUUAACGCCGAGAGAGUAUACAUUCUUACUUUUGGAAUAAUUCUCAUCGUGGUAUUUUUCCGUCUUCAACGCAAAACAGCGCUGCUUACCACAGCUGAUAGAUGAAGUGAUACAGGUAUGUGAAUCUGUAUGAAUACCCAUCAUGCUACUGAAGAACCUUCCUCUGUUGGAAGUCAUUGUUGCAGUGCUGUCCCUAUUCAAUCACACAAGUGCAGCUGAAGUCCACGUCCGUGCCAAAAAAGGGGACACUGCAGUGUUGACAUGCAGUCUUCCAGCCCUGGUUGAGGGCAGCUCUGCUCCUCAGCAUGUCAUAGAGUGGGUGCGUCAGGGCUAUGAUAUCCCCAUCCUCAUCCAGUUUGGAGUGCACGAUCCCAGAGUGCAUCCCAACUAUGACGGUCGAGUGUCACUCAUCAGGGGAACAUCCCUGCAGAUGAGGGGGCUUCUCCUGGAGGACGAAGGCUGGUAUGAGUGCCGGAUUCUCCCACUAGACAAAACCACAGAUGAGACUGGCAGCAACGGGAGCUGGACUCUACUCUCCAUUACAGCGCCUCCUGUGUUUACGGAGACUUCCCCUCCUGGAGUUGAAGUGUUUGUAGGCAGAUUGGUAACCCUGAAGUGUGCAGCUCAGGGAAAUCCACGGCCUACAAUAACCUGGUCUAAAGAUGGACGACCUAUAAAUCCUCAAAGCAGAGUAAAGAUCAUGGAUGGAAGUUUAUCUUUCCAUGCUGUAAGCAGAGAGACAUCAGGCAAGUAUCAGUGUCACGCCUCCAACACUGAAGGAAAUGUGACUCACCUCACAAAGCUCAAAGUCAUUGGCCCUCCAGUGAUCGUGAUUCCUCCAACGGACACUGUUCUCAACAUGUCCCAGGAUGCCAGUUUGAAGUGCCAGGCUGAAGCUGAUCCACCCAACAUGACCUAUGUGUGGCAAAGACAAGGAGAAGAUAUUUAUCACAUUGAGUCUCUGAAGUCACGUAUUAAGGUCAUAGUGGACGGUACACUUCUCAUAUCGGGUUUGACUCCAGAGGAUUCUGGGAACUACACCUGCAUGCCCACUAAUGGACUUCCUGUCUCCCCCUCUGCCUCAGCCACCCUCACUGUGCAGCACCCAGCACAGGUGAUGAAGAUGCCCUCGUUGACCUUCCUCCCCACUGGCCUGAGGGGCGUCAUUGCAUGCCCUGUCAGAGCCGAACCACCAUUAUCACAUGUCGACUGGAUCAAAGACAACAAACCACUCGAUUUAGGCAUGUAUCCUGGAUGGACACUGACUUCAGAAGGCUCUAUAAUCAUAGCAACAGCUAAUGAUGACACUGCAGGUGUAUACACGUGUACUCCCUACAAUAGCUUUGGGACAAUGGGCCAGUCUGAGCCCACCACCGUUAUACUACAGGAUCCUCCAUCAUUUAAAGUGUCACCUCGUAAGGAGUACAGACAAGAUGUUGGGGGUAUGCUUGUUAUUCCAUGUCAGAUGGAUGGUAAUCCGGCUCCAAAAGUCAGCUGGAAAAAGGUUGGCACAGCCUCUCGCUCACUGUUCAUUGCAGCAGCGAAUGGCUCCCUCAUUCUGCGUCCUCUCAGUAAAGACCACCAGGGGGAAUGGGAGUGCAGCUCCACCAACCGAGUGGCCACUGUAUCUGUCAGAACAACAGUCCUUGUGCUGGGUACAAGUCCACAUGCAGUGUCAUCAGUAUCUGUGAUCCCAGGAAUGAACCAGGCCAAUGUCUCCUGGGUAGCUGGCUUUGAUGGAGGAUAUGGCCAGAAAUUCACUGUCUGGUAUAAGCAGGUAUCAGCAGAAAGGAAAGAGGAAAAGCAAGAGUGGUUGUCUUUCCCAGACCUCUCCACUGAGAACAGUCUGUUGGUCACCAAUCUUCUUCCUGCUACUGAGUACCAGUUCAGUGUUAUGGCCCAAAAUAAAAUUGGCACUGGGCCCUUCAGUGAGAUCACCACCAUCAAAACUCUGGAUUCACUUUCUGUUGUGGGCAAGCUGGUACCACCUACAAAUCUCUCGAUCAAUAAGAGUUCAGAGGGAAUUCUUCUGUGGUGGUCAAUGCCUCAGUCCCAUUCUCCUAACAUUGACAGUUUUGUCGUACAGUCACGCCUUGAAGGAGGGGAAUGGAUUAAUCUGAAAGAGAACAUUAGCCCAGUUGAGAGUCAAAUCUUUCUUCCAGGGUUAUGUAAGGACUGCAAGUAUGAACUGAGGCUUCUCUCUCAGCAUGGAGAUCAGCUGAGCAUGCCCAGUCCAUCAAUCAGUGUCUCCACCAUUGGAAUGAAUAUGCACCCAGCCAGUUCCCGCCUUCUAGACUUUCCUGACCAGCUAAUGGCUGGUGUUAUGGGUGGAGUAGGGCUCCUUUGUCUUGUUCUUAUCCUGACCCUGGCAAUAGUCUGUUUCAUUUUUCACAAAAGGACCCGGAGGCGUAGGCAGAAUGUGAAGGAUCUCCCUCCUGCAAUAAAUAAUAACCCUUCUGAAAACAGCCCUGAAAACACCCUGAACCAAAGGCUUCUACCAGCUCGUCCACUCUCCUACACUUCCUCUUCUUCCAAUCACUCCUCCCUUGAAAAGUCUAGUCACAGUGAUUUUCAUGCCCAGCGGCAACAUCUCCUGCCUCAAGCUCACCCUCCAUCCCACCAUUCCCUCAAUGAGAGCCAUCUCCAACGGGCAUCACUUGCCCCCGUGUCCUCUGUGGAGUUCAUCCACCGAGGUCUUGACGGACGCUUUAUUGUCAAUUCUUGUGAAGACGCCAGUAUUGUCAGUUCUCAGAUCAAGAGAAAUCCAAGUCAAAACUCCCAUCGGACAUCAGAAGGAAACAGGAGCUUCAGAAUCCAGAAAUCCCAGUCUUUGAGAUCCUACAGGGACGAAAGAAAAAAGCCACCUUUUGUCCUUUCAGUGGAUCUUCCACCUUUCUCAUCAGAUAUCCCUUCUUCUAGCAGAACACGAGCUAUGGCUAAGCACCUCUCGUUGAAUGGCCAUUACAUGCCCAUUCUGGAGCAAGAGAUCUUGGAUGGACCAGACCAGACAAGUCCCUCAUCAGAUAGUAGUGGCUCUUUUGUCUAUCCUAAUUCAGAAAGUACUUUGGGUCAGCAGUCCGUGAAACAAGGUACCAAACACUCUACAGCCAGUACCCUGGUUUUGCAGAUGGAGCAUGAGAGGGAACAAGGAAACCUAAGUCGCUGUUUAUCUUUAGCUCGUGAGAGAGAGGAGCUUGAAAAGGAACUACGCAAGUACACUGGUGAUCGAAAUCCAUAUAGUCAUGAACAAACAGAUGAUGAGUAUGGAAGAAUCUGGAAAGUCCAAGACACCUCAACUCCUCGGGGUAACUACCAAGCCAUUAGACAAAGCCUUUUAUCUGAGAAUGCCAGCAUGUUGAAGGGAAGAGCUGCCUCUUGCAUUCCAUGGGAGGAAAGACACAGGAUUUCUUCUGCAAGCUUGGUGCCCCUACAUACCUCUCAUGGAAAGGAUACCAAGUAUAGGCAGAAUCAACAAGGUUACUAUUCCAUCCAGAGAUCUAACUACCAAAGGUCUCGUAGUCUAGACAGAGAGGAACACCAAAAAUCACAAACAUGGGACAGAAGACGAAGCAGAACUCCUGUUGAGUCAAGUCUUGGUCGUGUAAUGGAUGAACCCUUAAUCUACAAAUUGGAGAAGACCCAAACUGAUGUAGGGCAUAGAGGCCAGAGGACCUCAAGCAGAAGUCAACAUUAUGUUGACCCUUGUAUUUAUUCAUCCUCAGACAAUCAGCAGAGGCAGACCAUAGAAAGAAGCACUAGACAGAUAAAUCCAACUAGUGUUUAUUCAGAGAUGAGUGUAGAUGGCCCUGAUCUUGAGAACCAGUCUCCAUAUUCAAGGUCCAUGCUGGGCUCAGAUCACAGUUAUGAGACUCUAGAUUAUGACCGACCCAGAUUAUCAGAUCUUGUAAAUGACAGAUCAGUAGAGUCAGGACAUGCAAGUUUAAAGAAGCAGCAGAUGCUGAACAAUUGGUCAAGCAAAACUGUAUCUCAAAUCAAUGUCUCUGGAACAAUGCCUCGGAAGACAAAGGGUCUGGGGUCAAACAAUUGUAAUCGCCACAAGAGUACCCAAAGUUUAGACUCAAAAUUAUACAAGGACCAUUUUUUGACCCCUGAUGCCUGGAUAGACUCGCUGACACUUGGUCGAGACUCUACAACAUCCCCCCUUGCAUGCAGACCCAACUCAGUGGCAGAUAAGCCUAAAAGUAGUCCUAGUUUGCAAACAGAUUCAUCUGUGCCUUUAGAAAGUCAAACACAAGACCCCCAUCAUCAGGCUUCUAAAUCAUAUAAUGGCUCUAUGAAUAACUCACAAUCCCGCAAAAUGCUAGUGUCGGGACAUCGCACUCAAGCUGCCUUAUCAACAGGGGGUUCUAGCUGGCCUCGGCCUUAUUGCCCCUCUCUGCCAGCCUUGCCAUCUGGAAGACAGAGCCAAAGCCAAGAGGGGGAGAGAGAGGAGGAAGAUGAAGAUGGCCAGGAGGUUGAUGUGGAAAUGAACAGAUACAGGAAGGGUUCCCGAGAGGGAAGCUACAGAAGUUAUGCAAGCCAAAGCAGUGGCAGAGGCAGCAUGGAUGCCCCUAACAGCAGGCAGUUCUCUCUCAGCCCUCCACUGACCAGCUCUCCAGAGACCACAGAGGACAGUGACAGAGAUGAGGUGGUUCUACAGGAGCCUGAACGGCAUGAAAGAUCUAGAAGAGGCUCUGUGGAUGGGAGUUAUGAGUGGGACUCUGCUUAUGUCGCAAUGCAUCCUGUGGACCCCAAAGUGUCAGGUCUAGGUCUACAGAGCCAAGAGAAGAAGAUCAGCUCUACUAAAGAUUAUGGAAGGCCAGAUUUAGACCUGAAACAAAAAGGUCUUUACCCUCCGGCUGGUUUGAAGGGAUCUGUUCCGCUCUUUGAACUUCCCAGUAUUCUUCCUCCUCACUGCGAGCAAGAAUCACUCCUUUCUGAGGAGAUUCGGAGGAGCUUCACGUCAUUCCCAGACCCAGAACCCGACACUGUGCUUUUCUGAUUAAGGACAGUAAGUACACCAUUCAUGCUGAUGAUUAGAUUUGUUUGUCAAAACUGCAGGCAAAUGUUAGCAUGUUCUCAAACCUUGAUUGGACACAGCAUGGUUGCCGUCAACACGCAUCUGAAUGGCCAGCAUGAGACAGAACACUGGGUGUCUCUAUUAAUUGGACAUCUGUGGACCACUCAAGCACAAUACAACCUAAGAACACCCACUGCUCUGCCCAGCUAAUGGAAAUGACAUUACCUGAUGGAUGGGCCAAAGCACAGUGAAGAGAACUGUCAUUUAAAAGAGCUUACAUUAUGUGCUAGAGCUGCGAAUCAAAGAGGGAAUAAAUAAUACAGGACUUUGCUCUCUGCACCCUGCAGUUGCUGAUGAAACCGAAUUUGCAAUAAAAAUGUUCAAGCUCAAUGUCAAAGUUGAUUUUUGCAGAGGCUUUCGAUUGUUCUGUAAUUCCUAUUUUGACAGUAAGUGCACAUUAUAAUUUGGAAACCUCAUCAAAGCUCUUUUAUGCUUGGUUACAGGAAUAUUUUGUUGUGCAAAGCAGGUGGUUGAAAAAUAUAAUUUGUAGCUACCUUCAAGUUGUCAAGCGAAUUGGAGUUGCAUUUAAAUUCCCCUAUAAAACUUGUCAAACAUUUCACUGAAAAUUGUGAUUGAAGUACUGCUUUGGCAGCAACUUGACAAUCAUUGGUCCUUCUUAUACCCAUUCAUACCUACCUCAUACAUGCUACAAUCCCAAUGACAUCAUUCAUGUAAAUUUCACACUGUCAUUCACAUGGAGAAAAAAAAAAUGCAUACUGAUCACUGUAUGGUGCAUCAUCUAGUCCUUGACAGACUGACAAUCGAUAAAAACCCUUUGAAGGUUUAACCCUUUAACCUCCAGUAGAAUUUUUUGUACUGAAGUUUCCAAUUUUUUUAUU